CCUUGAUUAUUAAGCUUUAUUAUCGGCUGUCUUGGUUGGCUCCAAACGGGCUUUAUAUCUUUCUGCUUUCCCCAGCGUCCUAUUCCUUGCCUCGGCAUCAUCGAUCCUUACAGGAGCUCAGCGACCAUGUAUGCGCUUUCGUUUUGACGCGUUAAGUGAUCAGGUUGUUGUGUUAGGAGAGUGAAGGGGGGGGUAGGCUUUGCUCCUAGCUGCUACCGGAAAAGAAAGAAAGAAAAAACAUGCAAGUGUAGAUAAUGAGAAUGAAAGGUGACAGGCAUGUGGCCAUCAGCGGAUGGUGGGUAGCUUGAAGCGAGCGGGCGUCACCUGCGGGUCAAAGACGUAUACAGGCUUGGCUUUCCCUCGAUUGGCGUUUCCCUUGUUGGCUUCGUUUAUGUUGUCUUUGCCGACAACGAUACAGCUGCCAGCUCCAAUGCCUUUAGAAGUCUUGUUGCUUUUGCCGUUGGCUGCGAGCUGCGGUGCAUCCGCCUUGCUGGGGGUGGAUUGGUUCGGCAUAGCGGCGGUUGUUGUGUUGAGCGAUACCUGCCCUGGGAUGGCCAGCGUUUGGUGUGCCAGGAUGAUGGGCUUCUUCUUGGUUGCCGUUUGACGUGCUGGUGUUGAGGUCGGUUGGUGUUGUCGCGU